CGGAACAAACAGUAGCGGAUGCAAAUGAUGUUGUUAGAAAGCAGACAGUGUUGAUGUCAGUUUGUGUCUCAGAUAUAAACAGCACCAGAUGAAUGUGUGAUGGUUAAUGCAGCUGAUAGAGAGAAACACAGACGGUUAGAUCAUUUAAAAAGAAGAAAAAGAGACGUUUUUAUUAUUUAAUUUAUUAUUGGAUCAGUUUUAAUAGUGUUUGUUCAGUAUGAAGAGUGUGUGUGUUCAGGGCUCAGUGUUAAUGUGGUGUGUAUGUGUGUGUGUGAUGGCAUACAAACCUGUCAUCAUUAUCCAUGGACUAUUCGACACUUCUGCUGACUUCAUCAACCUCAAGUGUUACAUCAAUCAGUCUCACCCCGGGACGAAUGUGUCUGUAAUUGACCUGUUUGACCGCACAGCCAGUCUGAAGCCAUUGUGGAAGCAGGUGGAGGGAUUUAAGGAGGCCAUUUUUCCCAUCAUACAGAACGCUGCAGAUGGAGUUCACCUCAUCUGUUACUCACAAGGAGGGUUGAUAUGUCGAGGAAUCCUGUCUACACUGAAUGACCACAACGUUCACUCCUUCAUCUCUCUCUCCUCUCCUCAGGCUGGACAGUAUGGAGACACGGACUAUCUGAAGUACUUCUUCCCUACAUUUGUCAAGUCCAAACUCUAUCAUCUGUGUUACACUGCUGUGGGUCAGAAGAUCUCCAUCUGCAACUACUGGAAUGACCCUCAUCACAGAGACAUGUACGUAAACACCAGUGAUUAUCUCGCAUUACUGAACAACGAGAGGAUGCAUGAGGAAUCCACAGUGUGGAAACAGAACUUCCUGCGUAUUAAAAAGCUGGUGCUGAUUGGUGGACCAGACGAUGGUGUCAUCAUGCCGUGGCAGUCCAGUCAGUUUGGUUUCUAUGACGACAACGAGACGGUGGUGGAGAUGAAAUCGCAGGAGAUGUUUCUGAGGGACGCAUUUGGCCUGAAGUCUCUGUAUGCCAGAGGAGAUCUGGAGCUGUGUUCAGUAGCCGGGGUGCAGCACAUCUACUGGCACUCCAACGAAACCGUAUACAAGAACUGCAUCGAUAAAUGGCUCACAUAAACACACACACACACACACACACACACACACACACACACACACACACAGAUAUAGAGACUAUUUUUACACACAGGAUUAACACUUUUCUAUCAGCGAAUACAGUUCAAACAGAUGAUCAUCAGCUGCGUUUAUUCAGUGUUGCUCAGAGUCACAGCAGCACUUUAUAUCUUUUACCUGCUUGUGUGUGUGUGAAGUGUGUGAAGUGUGUGUGUGUGUGUGUGUGUGUGUGUGUGUGUGUGUGUGUGUGUGUGUGUGUGUGUGUGUGUGUGUGUGAAGUAUGUGAGUGUGUGAGAAUGUGCAUGACACACAGUUCAUCGCUCAGGCCUGCUCAGCUUUUUACUGAAGCUUUUAAUCUCUGUCACAUACACACACACACAUACACACACACACAGACACACACACACACACACACACACACACGCACACAUACAUACACACACACAGACACACACACAGACACAAACACAGACACACACAAUACAUUUUAUUCAGUUACACACUCACAAAGCACACCACAAUGCAAAUCAGUGCCUCAAGGACAUUUUGAUCACAAAAGAGUUACUGAGGAAAAGGGGCGGGGUUUUAACCAUGUUUGUCCUGUUUCUGAAUGAAAAGGGGUGGGGCUUAAAGUACAUUUAAUCCUGACCUUUUCAUCCCCUUAAGCAAAAACACAGGACACAAGUUUUAAGGCCUUUAUUUUAAACCUUCUUCUCUUUCUGUGUUUUGUUUUAGUUUAUUUAUCUUUAACAGAGCAGUAAGUAGGAAUUUUAUUAAAAUGCACAUUUCAGAUGUUUCAUAUUGCUACUUUAAUCUCCCAUAACAAAAAAGGGAUUGUGGGUAUUGUAGUCUGGCUGCAGUAAGAAUCGUUAUAAGAAUCCUUAUAUUUGUACCAGUUUUAUCCUUUAACUGUGGGUAUUGGUCUACAUGGAAUGACAUCAUAUAAAAGCCACUAAGUGUCCGUCCCACUGUUACUAUGUAAUUUUAAAGCGGCGAUAAGUAAAAUUGUGCCAUGUUUGGAAAAGCAUUUGCUCUUGCAUCGCUCGUGCAGGUUGGUUAUAUUCUCGUGAUUUGGAAUGUUGCAUAUUGUUCCUUUAAUACCCCAAAACAAGGAGGAAUUUUUGAUGCAGUACAAAAGAUCGUGUUAUGUAUUUGUACAUAUUUUAUCCUUUUAUCCUUAACUGUGUUUUAUUAGACUUUAUGUAGCUAUAUGAUGAACAACUAAAAAAAGGGAAGAGAUGAUGAUAAAUUGGACUUCCAGGAAGAGGGAUAUACACACAGAUGCUCAGGAUUACCAGCUAGUUUUAAACUUUUGUCUUCUUCUUUGUUUAUAAGUGUUUAUAAGUAAAAUUGACAACUUAAUAUCACUUAGCAGUUGUAGCAGGUGUAGGCUGUUAAUUAGAAUAAGACGUAGGAGGUAUUUCAUACGCUAUAAAAUGUUGCAUAUUACUCCUUUAACAGUGCACAAAAGGGAGGGAUUGUGGGACUUGUGAACUUAGUUUAUCUUUUCAGACUGAUUGACACUCAUUUUUCAGAUGUGUCCAAAUUAAGCUCUGUGUUGCCUCAUAAAAUAGUUAAUAGAAACUGGCGGUGAGCUCUAAGCUGUUAUGAGGGACAACAACUAGCUCCCAGUGCUAAAGAGAGGGGUCUUGUGGGAAAGUCACCACUGAAUGUCACCUCGUAACGAAUGGAACGGUUUCAACCACAAUAACAACAUUGUCUGCGACAAACAUCACCGUAUUUUAUUGGACAUGAUCAUCAGCACACGUCUCUCAGUGUUCUACAGGUUUAUUCGUUAGACUGCGUGAUGGCAAUAAAGGGAAGAUUUCAGAUGGAGUCGAUAUUUCUGGUCAUGAUAUCUGAUUCAUAUUUAAUCACAGUUUACAAUAUUAUUGAUUAUUAAAUCUGUUGCACAAAACAUGAGGUAAUCAGUAAGGACCAUAAGAAGACCGCCGGGUCUCUUACUCGGUGCCUCAAACUCUACCUACAGCACCUUGCAUAAGUAUUCACCCCUUUAUUUAUUUAUUUAUUUAUUUAUUUUACAGCCUGGAACUUUAAUGAACUUCAUUUGGAUUUCAUGUCAUGAAUGUUUAUAAAAAAAAAAUGUCUUCGCCCUAAGAUGGAUCAGAUUUAGUCUGGACACUUCACAAAGCCAACUUUUCAGAAGGGAGAUUAGAAGAAAUUCAUUACUGCGGAAACAAAUAUGUCUAAAUAUAUGGCAGAUGAAAUUCCACCUGCUGACUCAGCAACACAAAGUACGUGGGAAAACGUUCUCUUGUGUUCCGAGACCGAAUUUGAACGUUGGAAACCCAGCUAUCUCUACUGUCAGGCGUUUUUGGUGUUAGCAUCACGUUGUUGAGCUGCUGUUCCUCAGCAGGGACUAGGAAAGUGUUUUGGGGGCGGAGCUUCACCUUGUAAUACAGACAAGCUACAAUGCAGUGGUUCAACACUUAGAACCCAGUCGAAGCCCAGACUUCAGUCUGACUGAGAAUCUGUGGCAAGACUUAAUUAACGAUGGAUUCGAUCCAAUCUUACAGAGCUUGAGCAAUGUUGCUAUGAGUAAUGGGGGGAAAAAACAUCAGGAUCCAGAUGUGCAAAGCUGAGACAUAGAUGCAGUGUGAUGACCUGGGGGGUGAAUACUUAUGAGGCAUCGGAUUAAGAGCGUGAACGGGGAAGAUGAUACGUUAAAGUGUGUCUAUUUAAUCGUGAUGUAACUGACGGUUUGUACAAAUCUCACUCAUCACCACGUGUCACAGGCUCAGGUUCUGUUCUGUUGCCAAACACAGCUUGCUACAGUAAGCUGAUGCUAAACUGGUAGCUAUAGGCUUCCCUUAAUGUGCUAGCUACAUUAGCUUCGUACAGUCUUCACACACCAAACGUCUCAGUUCUGUUUGUUGUUCGUCAGCGUCUGAGUGUGUACCAGACGCACCAGGUUGUAAUGUGCCGUAAUUUUCGGGGAAUAAAGCCUUGUUUUCUGAAUAAAGGAGCAGGAUUUGCACACAAUGUUUUCAAGUCUCUAAAAACAUGUCUAUUGUAGAAAUCAUGGCAGUAUUUGAUGCAUUUUUGUUUGUCUACAUUGAACUCGUACAGAUCUCAUGUAUUUGUUAUUUUUAGUGCAGAUGAAGGGAUUUAUUUUGUCUGAUCUCAUUACUAAAUGCACUAAACUCUGUUCAUUUCUUAAAUUCUUAAACCAUGAAAUAAUAAAAAACAUUUUUUCAAAGCUAAUUAUACAAUGUUCUAUACUGUUUUUAUAGAAAGUUGAGAUUUUUUUGGUCAGGAAAUCUUUUAAACAGUAAACAUGUGGCCCGAUUGUUGUCACGACAAAUUUAUUCUAAUAAAGUUUGCAUUUUAAAACCA